GUCUCAGUUCAUUCUGUCCUUCCAGUCUGCCUGCAUCUGUCUGGUGCCUCCUUGUUCUGCUCCCAAUCUCCUUCAGAGAAGCCUUAACUAGAGGCGCAGCUAGUCUCCGGUGGCCCACAGGGCAUUGCUCCCCCUGCCCUGCUGAGAUGCAUUCCACUUCACUGGCCACCCCAUCCCCCACCCGGACCCCCAGCGCUGUAGAGAGGCUAGAGGCAGACAAGGCCAAGUAUGUCAAGACCCAGCAGGUGAUCGCCCGGCGCCAGGAGCCAGCCCUUCGAGGGGGAUCAGGCCCUCUGACCCCUCACUCCUGCAAUGAGCUGGAGUCCCCACCCUCACCGAGGCCUCUUGGGCCAGCCCGAAGAGGUAGCGGCAAGCGCCUUCUGAGGCCCGACUCACUCAUCAUCUACCGGCAGAAGCGGGACUGCAAGGCAGUAAACAAAGAGAAUGCCAAGGGGCAGAGCCUUGUUCGACGCCUCUUCCAGGGAGCGUCCCCGGAUUCUCCUGGAACCCCCAGCCCAAUAGAGCGGGUGGCCCCAGUGCCCCGAGCAGGAUGGGCCACAGCUGGGAAGGGUCCAGGAGCCCCACAGCCCACAUCUCCUGAGUCGGGCAAGCGAGCCCUCUGUCCCACAUGCUCCCUGCCCUUGUCUGAGAAAGAACGUUUCUUCAAUUACUGUGGGCUGGAGCGGGCACUGGUGGAGGUUCUGGGUGCUGAGAGGUUCUCACCUAAGACCUGGGAAACAGAUGCCAGCCCUCCACUGGGCAGGCCCAGCUCUGAGGGUGGCAGCGAGUGGGAUUCGAGUGGGGGUGAUGGUGGCGGUGGAGACUCUGAGGUGGGCACGUCUAGAGACGGGCAACCCCCUGUAUCUGUGGUGGAACGUAACGCCAGGGUCAUCAAGUGGCUCUACGGGUGCCAGCGGGCUCAGGCACCUCCCCUGGAGUCAGAAGUGUGAGUGGGUAUGAAGGUAGAGAAUGAGUGGGCAUAGGAGCUGGGCUCUUCCCUGCCCAUGGGAUGGCACCGUCUGUGGGAUAGUAUUGCUGCCCCAGGCCUGAUGCUCUGGCUGAGGGGCAGGACCCAGGCUGGAGUAAUUGGGAAGAGUGAAGAUAACUCCAUGGCCCCUGUGGAGGCUUGAUCUGGGGAGUGGGGGGUCAGGAUGGGGUAUCAGGGCUGUGUCCGGGAGAC